AAAGCCGAAGGACCGAAGAAGAGCGGCUCCAUGUUGAAACAGUGCAGCCGAAGAAACUGCGGUUGGCGAAUAAGCUGCUCCUAGCUGCUUCGUCGAGGACCGCGAUUUUGAGCGGCUCUGCCUCGCUAUGCUGGUAUGCCAAACGCCAGAAGUCCUCUUGCAGUGAGGUCGUGGACACCAACCGGCGGUCCUUGAGCCUUCAUUGGUUUGCCAAACGCACCCAAGCUUCUUUCCCUGGCGAGGGCCUUUGUUUACUGGUUUCUGGGUGACAGGACCAGAGUUAAACUAGGGCGGUAUGGUCUUCACAAAGAGGAUGAUGGGAGACUGAGGGAGGCUGUCUUAUGCAAAUGCCUGUAGACUGUGGAGCUAUAUGUACGACUAAGAAAGGAGCAAUUCCAGCCCAAAUUUGAUGGUCUUGAGCUCAUCUGUUUAAUCUUGUUCUUGUCUUUUCCGACUUACAAGGCAAAUCACCCUAUUUCUUCGUCAUAGAUUCUCGUUUCCUAUGAACCAAAUGAACCUGAACCAACAAGUCUUGGCACUACUUGAAAAAUGCAUCCACAUCAACCAUCUCAGGCAGCUCCAGUCCUUACUAGUCAGUCUUGGCCACUCUCAAACCAACUUCUACGCCUUCAAGCUACUUCGCUUCUGUGCUCUCAAGCUCUCGGACCUUGCAUACGCUCGCUCCAUUUUCGAUCAUCUCAAGUCCCCCAAUAUCUUCCUAUACACUGCCAUGAUCACUGCCUGUGCCGCCUUUCAGCCCAAUUCGCAUUCUGCAUUUGCUUUGUACUGCCACAUGGUUCGUCGCGGUCACCCUAAACCCAAUGAAUUUAUAUAUCCUCACGUCUUGAAAUCAAGUUAUGGAUCUAAACUUGUUCACGCACAGAUACUGAAAUCGGGUUUUUUCCAAUACCCAGUCGUGGAGACGGCCUUGGUUGAUGCAUAUGCAAAGUGUGGUUCUGAUAUUGGGAUUGCACGAGGGAUGUUCGAUGAAAUGUCCGAGAGGAACGUUGUGUCUUGGACUGCUAUGAUUUCUGGAUAUACUAGGCUCGGUGACAUACGAAAUGCUCUCUCACUAUUUGAAGAAAUGCCAGAUAGAGAUGUUCCGUCUUGGAAUGCUAUUAUUGCCGGAUGCACUCAGAAUGGAUUUUUCUCAGAGGCAAUAUCUCUCUUCAACAGAAUGGUACUUUUGUGGGAUGAGGAGCAUAAUCGAUAUAUUAGACCUAACCAGGUUACUGCAGUGUGUGCACUCUCAGCUUGUGGCCACACUGGGAUGCUUCAACUUGGCAAAUGGAUCCACGGUUAUGUUUACAGGAAUAGCCUUGCUCCCAAUUCUUUUGUUUCAAAUGCACUGGUGGAUAUGUAUGGAAAAUGUGGAAGCUUACAUAAGGCAAGACAGGUUUUUGAUGAGACUUCAAAAAAAAGUCGGACAUCAUGGAAUUCCAUGAUCAAUUGUUAUGCUCUCCAUGGGCAAAGCAAUAACGCAAUUAGUGUAUUUGAGGAGAUGAUGCAGUGUAGUAGCAAUGUAACACCUGAUGAAGUCACCUUUAUAGGCUUGUUGAAUGCUUGUACACAUGGAGGGUUGGUUGAGAAAGGGCGUUUCUAUUUCAAACUAAUGACUAGGGAUUAUAAGAUUGAACCUCAGAUUACACAUUAUGGAUGCCUAAUAGAUAUUCUUGUACGGGCAGGAAGGUUUCAAGAAGCCUUGGAAGUUGUUAAGGGUAUGGAGAUUGAGCCAGAUGAGGUUGUUUGGGGUUCUUUGCUUAAUGGAUGUAAGAUCUAUGGUCACACAGAUUUGGCAGAACUUGCAGUAAAAAAACUGAUUGAAAUUGAUCCAAAUAAUGGUAGUUAUGGAAUAAUGUUGGCAAAUUUAUAUGGAGAAUUAGGGAAAUGGGAUGAAGUUCACAAAUUGAGGGAGAUGUUAAAGGAGCAGAAUGCUCAGAAGACUCCAGGUUGCAGUUGGAUCGAGGUCGAUAAUCAGGUUUAUCAAUUCCAUUGUGUUGACAAAUCGCAUUCCAGAACAGAGGAGAUAUACAAGAUCCUGGAACUUUUAGCUAGUUCAUAUGAAGCUGUUCGCUGAAUAGGAGAAAUAUUUCAUUUUUAAAAAUCAACCUGCUAAUACAGAACUC